CCUGACAUGAAACGAGUUGGGGCUUUCUCCCCCAGAGACAUGCAGCCGGCCCAGGAAGAAACGUGCCUGGAUAGAGAUCGUCGAGAAUUCACAGGGCCUGGCUGGGAGUGUCCCUGGCUCAGCUGCUCAGGCCAUGGAAAUGAAUGCCACCUCCGGAGGCACGGAAGGCCAGCGUGACAUCUACCACCAGAAGCCGGAAAACAAGGAUGAAGAGGGAGCACAGCACUCUGAAGACGAGCAGGAAAAGUGCAAGGAAAAGAUGGGGAAGAAAACGUUGGCAGAUGUAAUUCAAGAAAUGAAAACUUUUCUGUGGAAUUCAGAGAAGAGAGAAUGUAUGGGAAGAACAGCUCAGAGCUGGGGCUUGAUCUUACUCUUUUACCUCAUUUUGUACAUGUUUCUGGCUGGAAUGUUCUCCUUUUGUAUGUACGGGUUGCUGCUCACUCUGAGCCCCUACACGCCUACGUACAGGGACAGAGUCUCGCCGCCAGGAGUAAUGAUUAGACCAUACUUACAUGGAUUUACCAUUGCCUUCAAUGUCUCCGAACCCAGCACAUGGACACCUUAUGUGAACAGCAUGCAUCACUUCCUACAAGCUUAUGAUGACAACGUUCAAGAGGAAAAGAACAUUGAGUGCCCAGCAGGCCAAUACUUUGUUCAAGACGGCGCGGAAAGCGAAGAGAAGAAAGCCUGUCAGUUCAAGCGAUCACAGCUGCAGAACUGUUCUGGGAUUGAGGAUCCCACGUUUGGCUACUCUACAGGCCAGCCAUGCAUCUUGCUGAAGAUGAACCGGAUCAUAGGCUAUCGAGCUGGCUAUGGGACGCCUGUGAGCGUGAACUGUGCCAUUCAGAAAGGCAAUGAAAGUGCUCUUAAAUCAGUGGACUUCUACCCAGGCAAUGGAACAUUUGAUCUCAUGUACUAUCCCUACUAUGGCAAGCUCACUCACGUCAACUACACCUCCCCGCUGGUGGCUCUGCACUUCACAGAUGUGAAGAAGAAUGAUUUUGUCCCCAUCCAGUGCAGACUGAAUGGGGAAGGAAUUGUGAAUGAUGUGACUAAUGAUCGUUUCCUGGGCCGAAUCACCUUUACACUCAGCAUCGGAAUGUAGCCCAUGCAAACGUUCACCAAGCACUUGUUUUAACUCUUUAUGGCAAGCAGGUGCUUUUUCCACUCCACCUUUUAAACAUGAUGGCAGAAUAUAGCACCUCUUUUGUUAGGGAAACAAAUUGUUUCCAAUAUAAGUUAGACACGUCUUUAUUGGAUUUUGUUAUAUAUAGAGAGACAACCGCACGUUAUAUAGACUGAGGAGCUACAUUUUUUAAAUAUAAAUGCUUAACAAAGCUUAUUGGCAGUAUAGAUCCAGUCUUGUAACUACAGGUAGAGGGCCCAGGUAAAACAUUUCAAUAUUGAUUUUAAAUACUUACAGGACAUUUUAAUACUAUUUUCAUAGAGUCACUUCAAAAGGAACAUUCCUGACCUUAUAUUUUACUUUUUAUCAUAGUUUUAAGUACAUUUCCCAGGUAGAAACUACCUGAAUCAGUAGUGGAGGGCACUCCCACAAUCUUUUGGGUUACAUGUGUAAAACUAAUAAAAAUCAAGUAAAAUGGCCCAUCUCAAAAUCCCUUGAGCCCAGAAGCCCUGGCACUGCAGGAGCCACUGUGCCUGGGGACAUCAGCCCAACUCAGCACAGCAGCAUUCACAGUGGUAGCUUCAACCAAGUCUUGAUACAUGUAAGAUACUGGCUGCAAUUGGAAAGAGGAAGCCGUAAUAAGGAAUAAUUGUCAUUUAUGAAUCUUUAGGACUGUGCCCUCCACCUUUGAGCUGGGAGGAUAAACACAUUCCCUUUUCCCCCCUUUAAUACACUCCUCCUCUCUCCGCAUGGCCCUUUGAGUCCACCAGAUUGAAAGGAGCUUCUCUCUCCUAGACCCUCAGCACGUCACACUGGCAGGAGGAGAUUGCUAGGAAACAAGGGUCUCCUUCCAUCCAGCCCAGAGAUGGGAACUGAAGUGGACUCUCUAUAUGGCCAUGCAGAGUGCAGCUCACUGCCCCCAAACUUUUCAAAUCCUUCACCCCUCAGUGCCCAAAAGAUCACAGUGAUAAUGUCUUUAAAAGCCAGAGAGGUAUGGGAGAACAUGUAGCCAUUUCUCUUUAUGGGUGAAAUUAACAGUGAUCUCAUUCUUCAUGUACUUUGUGGGAUUUUUGUCCCUUCUGGUGACUGGCCAGUUGGUUAACCAGGCACUAUCACUUCAGCAUUCAGAAUUCUCACAAUAAUUUGUUUCACCCACAGCUCUUUAGAUCAACCUCACGGACGUAGAAAUUGAAACGUCUCUUUCGUUGUGCUUGCACCCUCUGAUUUAUCAUUGCAAGAGUGCUGGGCUAUACAGCUUGUUGAUGUGGGGCUCCUUGGGAGUACAAGACUGUCAGUGUUGCUUUGUUACUUUAGGAUUGGUCAGGAGUGCUGGGCUACGACUUUGUUCGUGCAGGGCUUAUCAUAAAUGCUGAGCCCUGCUACUGGUAUUUUUAAAAGGAAGU